UUAAAGCUAGAGAAAAGCAGAUUAUUGAUAAUGUUAACCAAGCUCUCUCUGAAAUCUUGCCAAUAUGCCAUAACAAAGGCGGUUAUGGCCUGAACAUCUAUUUUAGAGGACUGAAUAAAUAAAAAUCGUCAUGAAAGAGAUGUUGUACUAAAGCAUUUCAAAGUACCUUGGACGCGUAUUCAAAGUUUGAGUGUGUUUAAAUUUAAAUUUGAAAAAGACUUGUACAAGAGCAAAUAUAUGAACAAAUUUAUCUCUAAAUUUCCAACUGAAUUACAAUUUUUAAAUCUUGAAUAUGAUCAAUAUUCUUGAAAUAGUCGAACUAUGAGCAUCUCUCCAAUGUUUCCAAAUCUUCUGAAGCAAUUAUGCAAAGUGAAGAACAUAAUAAAGCUGAACAACAUAGCUCUUGGAUACAAACAGUUUGCUUUGCUGAUUUCCAAAAACCCUUAUAUAUCAAGAUUUAUAUUUGAAAAUUGAAAAAUCUCCAAAGGAACAAUCAAAACAACACUUAAAGGCCAGUCCAAUCUCAAACGGUUAGAAUUUUCCUCCGAUCGCUAUCGCAACGAUAUCACAAUCAGAGGGAAAGAGUAUGCUGAAAAUAUAUUAGAGAACGUGCUGCAAUGUCCCUGAGUAAAAUCGUUGGAGCAAAUCAGCUUUACUUUGAUUGGAUUUAAACCCCCAGAUGCGAAGAAGGCCAAGCAGAAGUAUGGGCUGGAAGGCAUCAGACUAUAUAUUGAUAAUAAAGGAGGAGUCAGAGUAUUUUAG